AUGGCGAGCAUCGGUAGAAUGUCUGCGAUGAGAAUAGCAAUGUCGUACGGACCUGAACUGAGCUUCCUGGUGCUUCUGCGUAUGUUGAUCGGGAUGUACAGGUCGGAUAUCAUAGAUCACGAUCACAGGGUGAAGCCAAUUAAUUUACUGGAUCUUCAAAGCAGUUAUGAUUUCGUGAUAAUCGGUGGUGGUUCAGCUGGGUCGGUGCUGGCCAAUCGUCUAUCGGAGAACAAGAACUGGUCGGUGCUACUGUUGGAGGCUGGCGUGGAUGAGCCAGACAUGGCUGAUGUACCGAUUAUGUUCUCGAUUCUUCAGCUUACCUCCGUGGAUUGGCAAUUCAAAACGGAACCAUCGAAUAAUUACUGCAAGGCUAUGAACGCGCACGUAUGCAACUGGCCACGUGGCAAGGUGCUAGGCGGAAGUAGCGUACUGAACGCGAUGCUCUACAUCCGGGGCAACAGGAAGGAUUACGACGAGUGGGCGAGGAUGGGUAACCCAGGAUGGGAUUACGAGACUGUACUGCCUUAUUUCAAAAAAUCCGAAGACAUAAGAAUAAAGGAAUACCAAGAUUCGCCUUACCACCAGACCGGUGGACACUUGACAAUCGAACACUUCAGAUACCACUCGUCCGUGACCGACUACUUGAUAAAAGCUGGCACAGAGAUGGGCUACGACAUCGUGGACGUAAAUGGACCCACUCAAACCGGAUUCACAUUGUCUCCGGGAACUCUGAGGGAAGGUCUGCGAUGUAGCACCGCGAAAGCUUUCCUUCGGCCAGCAGCCCGGAGGAAAAAUCUACAUAUCAGCACCAGAUCGAUUGUGGAGAAGAUCCUGGUGCGACAAGAUGGAAGCAGAAAAAUUGCUUAUGGCGUGGAAUUUCGAUUAGGAUCCGUGCGUCAGACAGUGAAAGCGAAUCGGGAGGUGAUUCUAUCAGCAGGCGCGAUACAGUCGCCACAGUUGCUGAUGCUGUCAGGAAUCGGUCCUAAGGACCACCUGAGCGACCUGAACAUCUCCGUGGUUCACGAUGCCCCAGGCGUAGGCAUGAAUCUUCAGGACCAUGUGGCUGUCGGUGGAAUAGCCUACUUGGUGGAAAAACCGGCAAACCACACGGAUCCAGACUUCAGCUUUAAUUUGUUGAAGACUGUGAAUGCUCAGUCGCUUAGGCUAUUCGCCAGGGAAGAUACUGGUCCCAUGUACACCGCCACUGUAGCUGAGGGCAUGGCUUUCGUCAAUAGCAAAUAUGCAAACAAAUCGGAGGAUUAUCCUGAUAUACAGCUGUUGCUAUCUGCCAUGGCUGACAGUACCGAUGGUGGCCUGUUUGGAAAGAGAGAUUGCAACGUUAGGGACGAUAUUUACGCGCAACUGUUUGAAAAAAUCCUAUACAAAGACGCCUACACCAUCAUACCGUUGCUGCUGAGACCCCGAAGCAGAGGAUACAUCAAGCUGCGAUCGAAAAAUCUUCGCGAUCAACCGAUCAUCGUGCCAAACUACUACGACGACCCUCGUGAUCUCGAAAUUAUGGUAGAAGCGGCGAAGAUCAUCCAGAAAAUAUCGGAAACCCCUACAAUGAAGAGAUUAAAAGCUCACGCUAAUCCAAACAAGCUUCACGAUUGUUCUUCGUUCGAGUAUUUAUCAGACGAUUAUUGGCGCUGUUACGCUAGGUACUACACGAUGACGAUCUAUCAUCCGACCGGGACAUGCAAAAUGGGGCCCGAUAGUGACAAGAUGGCGGUGGUCGACGCUAGGCUAAGGCUGCACGGCGUGGCUGGACUGCGAGUGAUCGACACGUCGAUCAUGCCUACGAUCAUUUCCGGGAAUACUAAUGCACCGACGAUCAUGAUCGCAGAGAGGGCAGCUGAUAUGAUUAAAGAGGAUUGGAAUAUUCAAUAGUUCAUGGUUCCCUUGGAUCUUCGGUGUAAAGAGUUACUAGCUAGUUACUCGUGGUAAAUUGCAAUGGCGGUGAGAUAUGCUCAGUGAUGGUUAUGAGAGUGGUAGUAUUAUCGUGGGUGAUUAGAGUGAAGAUAAGAACAAUUGUGAUAGCUGCGAUACAGAUGAUAGUAGAGAACGGGAAUGCUAUUGAUGGCAACUGAUCAAUAUCGUGGAAAAUUACGAGAUG